AUGUUACUCUCACUACCCCCUGAGCUAAUACAGCUCAUUUUGCGAAGCUGCGACCCAUCCUCGUUCUUGCAGGCUGCUUUUAGCUGCAUCAAGCUACUAGAGCUUGCUAUAUCUAGUCGGGAACUCGUUUUAUUUCAACUCCACCAGACACCGGGGAGACUUGAAGACUGGGACUCUCUAGAACACAGACAACUCUUUCGGCUGCUUCUGCAGCGUGCCCAAAAACAACUGUUUGGAGUUGAGACUCAGUUUGAAAGCAAGAUUUUUCGGUUUAAGGGAAAAGCGAUUGCUACUCGCGCGACUUCGCUCCGGGAUUCAGGCACCCAAAAGGAAAUUCUCCUGGUCUUCAAAAAUGACCCCACUGUGUACCUGAUGGAGAUCCAAGGCGGGCAACUGAGCCUUCAGCGACAAUUCCAAAUUCCAGCACCAAAAUUCGGCAAGGUUCAAAUAUUGCAUACAGCUUUCAGUUCUACAUCUAUUUAUGUGUUGCAUCGUUUACAGCACCUUCCCGACCAGGAGCUGGACAUGAACCACCCUUUCGUGAGACAGGCUUUGACGUCUAACCCUUUCGGAAGUAUAUUUCUGGCCUGCUACAGUCUGAGACCUGAAACAGGCGUCGUGAAAAUCUAUGGGUUCCCCGAACAGAGCGAUUACGAGCCAAUUUGCCUCGCGGCACAGUAUGAUAUGUUUGCGAUCUCCUGGCAGCAUCCGCAGGAUUCCUUCGAUCAUCAAGUGGUCCUCUACACCAUGGAUGAUGAGGACGAGGAGGAUGAAAUGGACUUGGAUUUCGUGCCAAGUGACUCCGAGGUAGAUGCUCGCAAUGGCCAAGUCAGUGGUAUACAGCCGUUGAGGAAUAGUCCUCUAACCAUCACCUCAAGAUAUACAUCAUAUCUCCUGUCAUCCUCUGUUGAGGAUAAUCCCGGCGAUAGCCCGGGCCAAAGAAAAGGCCCGACGGUGCGACUGGCGUUCAAUGAUCGAGGGCAACAGCUGCUGCACUACUAUAGAGCUCAGACGCUAUAUAACUCCUUCCAGAGGAUCCAUUGGCUUCCAGCACCUGGUCACCUAAGGCCAAACGUCGUUGAUAACGGGUGUGUCGUAGAAUUUACGAGAUCGCUCUCGCUCCGUUUCUCAAUUGGGAUCCCUUUCUUCGGUACUCAUCAGGCAGGUGAUGGAACUAUCGGGUCGCGGUGUCACUGGCAAUAUCUCGCUGUUGGAAUUGCCACCCACCGCGUGGAGCAUUGGUCUGUGGCCUGUAUAUUGAGAUCGGAGUCAUUUCCUGGAUCUCAUCACUGCGGACAUAUCAUGAAUCUUGAGCGAGGCAGACGAUUCCAAGAUUGGCAUAUCAUGGCCCAAUUGGGAGGGUUCCAAGAAGCGAGUACAUCACAGGGUUCUCUCAUUGCAGCUUCUCAUCAAGGAACUCGUCUUGCAAUGGCUAGCUGGAAGACUAUCUCUAUUUGGGCUCUGGAGCCCAAUGCGUUAAUUCAAAUGGACCAUGGAGAUGAAUUCUAUCCUGAGUCGUGGAGAUCUGCAGAGGAACAUCUGGAGAUCCCACCUGUCAUCAUCCAGUUGGAUGCUGUUUGUUCCCAGUUGCAAUUCACGGAGAAUGAGAAUGAACUAUUCGCCCUCACCGACCGAGGGAUUAUGCUUCUCCGUCUUAAGCCCGAUGGACAAGGAAUUCGAGUUGCGGAGAUUGAAGGGAAUCAUAUUCUCGCCGGUUCACCAGAUGGACUUUAA